CACAUCAGCAUGAUUGCUCACUUAGCCUGGCUCAAAAGCAGAGCCAUGCAGUCAGGGAAGCAGUCACAAUUUGGCCAUGGCCGCGGCAUGGGUCCUGGUGCUGGUGGCUGCAGGGCUGAGCUUGGCCAGCGCGGGCCCCGUCCCCACUUCCAAGCCCACCACAGCCUGGACGGACUGUGACUUUGGCAGGUUCAAAUCUCUGUCACCAAGGGAGCUGGAGGCCUUCAAGAAGGCCAGGGAUGCCUUGGAAAAUUCGCUGAAAAGCUGGAGUUGCACCACCCGCCCCUUCCCUAGAAACCGGGACCUGAGACAGCUACAGGUGUGGGAGCGCCCCGUGGCCUUGGAGGCUGAGCUGGCCCUGACGUUGAAGGUCCUGGGCACCAUGGCUGACGCGUCCCAGGGGGACAUCCUGGACCAGCCCCUUCACACACUGCGCCACAUGCACUCCGAGCUCCAGGCCUGUGUCUCGGCUCAGCCCACAGCAGGCCCCCAGCCCCAAGGCCGCCUCCACCACUGGCUGCACCGGCUCCAAGAGGCCUCGAGGAAGGAGUCUCAAGGCUGCCUCGAGGCCUCUGUCCUGUUCAACCUCUUCCGCCUCCUCAAAAAGGACCUGGAAUGUGUCGCCAGUGGAGACCUGUGUGUCUGAGGACGCAGACCCACCCCCAGCUCAUGUGGGACCCCAGACCUUAUUUAUGCACGAAGAAGCCCCAACCCUGCCUUAAGUUAUUUCCUCUCACCCCUUAUUUAUGGAGCCGUGGAGUUGACCUAGAUCCAAAAGCAAUGCUUGGUUUUCUACUUUUAUACAAUAUGCACAAAUAAAGCAAAC